UGGUGGAAAAGUACUUCAUAGGUUAGGGAGUACCUUAUUCCAUAAGACACCAUCUAAUGACAAAUACCUAUUGCGGCUAAUUGGUAUUCAUCUUGCGCGCGUAGACCAUGCCGCGGUGGGGAAGGGUUAUUAGCCAGCGCCGCCUCCGCGCCCAGGCAUAUUGUACCGAGUUCUGCCCGCGAGCGCCGCACGCUCGCCCGUCAAACGAUAAUUUACUCUGUCAAUAUUUGAACUAAUCUAGUGACCGCACCAACGAUUUCACCACUCUACAAGCCGGUGGCUGGGAAGGCAAGAUGUCGGCAUAGCUGAUUGAAUAUUAUAUACGGCUGUGUCACAUCGAGCCAGCUCAAUCCAUCGGCGUUCUACUAAAGAAGAUUGAAGAUGGCAAACGCUCCCGUAAUAAAUUCGCGUACGAUUUUCCGAUCGCUCCCGUACCGCGGGGCGGAGGGUGUCUGACAGCUGUCAUUGCGUCGCUCUGCACUUUCUCGUGGAUGAAACGAAGGAAAACUUUAUUUAUAUCACACACGAAUAUGUUCCCGUAGAGUGCGACUGGCUCUGUGCGUGAAUAACGAUACGAAAACACGACGAGAUAAUGGCGAACGACGAGGUGUUAGGUCCGCGAAAGACGAUGUUCGUUUUAGUGAUUGUUGUGGGAUGUUUCGCAGUGUUGUGGCCCAGAAUCCUGUCGCCUCUGAUCCUGGGCCACACGCAGGAGCAGCUAAAGCCGAACAAGUUCGACCGGGAGGCAGGCUGCUGUGAAGUGAUAUUUCAAACGGAAGUUGCCGUACUCGAAUUAGUGAAUGAAGUGUGCAACUCCGCACUAGGAGUUAGCAAGCUAUCGCCACAAUCUGCGGUAGAAUGUCGUAAAGCUGUCAACGAGAGCUGCGGCGUGGAUAUCGCGGCUUUCCUGAAGAGGGAUGAAAAUGUUGGAAAAAGCACAAAGAAGCUGGUGGAGGCAUUGAAGAAUACAAAUAGUUCAUGCUUGAGGGAACACUUUGGAGUUCCUAUAUACAGCCUGAGCCCCCAUUCGCCGGUCAACUCAUGGACCCUGCAAGACUCAUUGAAGCAAGAGCGUCCACUGCGCGCGAUGUCGCCGCACCCGGCGCUCCGCGAGCGGGGCCGCGCGAUCCCGCCGGGCGCGCCGGCCCGCCAGCAGAUGCCGCCGCACGUGCGGGUACGGUCGCCCCUCUCUGUGUACCUGGAGAUCGAGCCGCCACCAAUCCCAGGGAUGCGCCCACCGCUGGGCUCCCCCGGCGGGCCGGUGACAGCACCAAAAUCGUCUAUGGGUUUCGUCAUGCCCAUCUACACUAUAUGCAUCAUAGUUUUCUUCGUGUAUACGCUUAGUAAGAUAUUAUUCAAACGCACGGGCGUACCCUACGACCCUGUGACUCCGGACCCUCAGUUCAGGCGACGAGUGUUCCGUGAUGAUUCCAGGACUACUCCAGAUAAAAUUGGACACAAGGAAGCCGACACGAGGGAUGUCGAGAUUGCCGCACUGCGAGCGCGUUUAGAGGAGACGGAGCGCGCGAUGCAACGUAUCGUCGGUCAGCUCGCGCAGCGCGAUGCGGAAUCCCAGGAUAAUCACACCCGCCCGUACACAAAUGGAACAAUUUUAUUAAACUCUGGUCCAGUUCAAAUUGUGACCAGUGAGUACCAGGAGCCGAAAGAUAAUGCAGAAUUCGCGAGAAGUAAGGAAAAUUUGUCAGAACACACAGAAUUUACAAAAGAAGAUACACCAGUUACCACUGAAGAAGAAUUAGAUGAUAUUUCAGAUAAAGAAGACAAAGUAGCAGAUACGACUAAAGAAGCAGUGAACACAAUUAAUGACGAACUAAAAGAUUUAUCAAAGCCGGUUCAAGAAAUUACGCCGCCCAAAAAGCCAGAAAGCAUAGAUGUAAAACAUGACACAAUUGUAAAAACCCAAGAAUUUCUAAAGGAAGAGAGAGAGGUCGCUACAAAGGAUGGUCCAACGACGCCGGAGCUUUUAGCUGAAGCGCUGAAAGAAGAUUCUCCUGAAGAAGCCAUUGACAACGAGAGCUCUAGUGUUAAAGUGAUGGGUAUGGAGGUGACAGCGCACCCGGCGGACGGCAGCGCGUGGCCCGCGCCGCCGCCGCUCGCCAGCCACCCGCCCGCGCCGCAAACGCAUAAAGCGGAAGAUGUGAAGUCGAUAUUCCUCGAGACGGAGAUCCCGCAGCAGGCGCGCGUGCUGGUGGCCGACUUCCAGGAUCGAGCUGAUGCGCAGAAACCGACCAAGAACGCGCCGUUGGUGGUGAGCGGUAAGAUGACGCUGUCCCUGAUACAGGACGCGCCGCGGGACUCGCCUGAACGAGAUCCGGCGAGCGGUAAGGGAGAUGCAUUCGAAUCAACAGUGACCGAGUACACGACAGCGAGUGCUAUGACGCAACCAGCGGCUGGGAAAGACGACGACCUCUCAGAUGAUGAAAUUGAAGAAGAGAUUGAAGAAGAGGAGGAAGAGAUAGAAGAACUAGAAGAAGAAGAAGAGGAGAUAGAGUUAGGCGCAAACAAGACAGGUUUAAAGUGAUAAUUGAUCUAGUGUUAGGCGUGCUAAGGACUCGCACUUAGAUUUCAUACAAUUUAAAAAAAUCUUAACCUAUUUUAACACACAUUUCUUCGUAUGCAUAUUAUUAUAAUAAUCAUUUUAAAAAUUCCUCUUUCUUGUCCUUAGCACUUUAAGUUUUAAAAUUAUGAAAUAUGUUUUAAUCUGUACAUUCGUCUAUUGUCUAUGAUUCAUACAUUUGAUGUGAACUGAAUGUGAAUUGUAUGUAACUUGUGUUAUCUACUAAAGAUAUUUAGUUAUAUAAUAAGAAAAGAGCGUUUGCUGAAAUUUUUUGCUAACACCUUAAAUGAGCUCUGCUAACAUCUUAAAUAUCCUUGGUUCAUUCAAAAGUAUUAUAUUUAAAUAGUAGAAUAUUUUUAAACUACAGUUCCAAUGCUACAUUUGUAAUUUUGUACGAUUGGUGUUCAUAUUAUUGUGCCAAAGUUUCUUCCAGCGUUUUAUUGUUUUGUUCAGUGAAGUUUUACAAAUAUUUUGUAGUAUAUAUUGAAUUUGUUUAAUUCUUUUUCGCGAAAAUGUAUUUAAUUUUCGCGUGUAUACGAAAAAGAUUGCCAAAUUUUGAACGUUAGUUUUGACUACACGUACGAUGUAUGUAUUUUGUUAAAUGACAUUGACAUUUGGGCACUUUUCGAUUGACAUUAUUUGCACAUAAGGCAUUUGGUUUCGUGAUUUACAUGUAGAGUUCGAAUUAUUUAUUGAUUGUUAUCUAAAUAAUUAAUAUAAAAUUGUACACAGAGUUGUAUGCACCGGCGUGAUGUAUGAAAUUGUUUGCAUUUAUGCUGUUUUGUUUUCUGUGGUCACUGCUUUUUUACGCUUACAGAUUGUAAAUUAUUUUCUUUUAAAAAUAAAAUUGUGUGAAUCUAUUGGAUAGAUUAUUUGUAUUGCAAUAGUUUUUUGAGCUCGCCAUCUCGUCUAUUUAAAUGAAAAGGGAGGACAUUUAUUACACUCUAACAUUCCUUUUCAGAUAUACUUAUUUAUUUAUAGAGAUAUUAUUUUUUAUUUGCACAGUUGAUGUUAUAACUAAUUUACUAAGUUAGCAUUUUAAUGUAGUUUGCUUGCGAAUUUUUGUUGUUUUGAUAGUUGUAACAAUAAAUGGUUGAAAUUA